AACCAUGUGAUUAACUAAAGGGAAGACAGGUUUCUUGUUUUGUUUUUAAAGAAAAGUUACUAAAAACCAGACUGAACUGUUUAGAAACUAGAACUAGGCACAAUAAGGGUAUUGUCCAGUCUUUGUUUUUCUUGACAUUUGGAGGAAGAAGGAUAUCUGCGUUCAAGUAGGAAAUGAAUGCUGACAACAUAUCUGCAUCUUCUCUGAUUACAAUAACAGACUUGAAAGAAUGUUAUAUCUGUCGGGACGAAGACGUAUUAUAUCGAGAAGAAUUGUGCCAUUACUGUGAUUGUAAAGAUCUCGUUGUACACCAAAGGUGCUUAUUGAUCUGGAUUCAACAGGGUUCUGGUAAUGAAGACCGACAAAGAUGUAAAGUAUGCACAGCAAAGUUUCAUCUUCAGGAAGGUUCUGUGUGGAGAGCACUUUUGUGUCACUGGCAAAAUGUGUUGUUGCUCGCGCUUCUGGUGGGGUUUAUGAUGCUUAUACCUUUUAUCGUUCACCAAAUUAUAAUACUAGAAGACCUAUCCCCUGACAAUUUAUUUAGAACAGCCGCGGCGUGCUUCGGAAUAAUUGCUGAAAUCUUUCUAGUCAAUUACACAUUUUUCAUUGAUAUACAAUGGCCGAAUUGCCAGAAACUGCAACCACACAUCCCACAGGGGAAUCUUCUGAUGAUAAACGUAGGCAUAUUUUGGCCACAGCACUUCAAGGGGCUAAUGCUUUACCAACAGUACCUAGGGAAGAAAAUUUGCCCUCAUUAUUUUCAGGCCUGGAGAAACUCCGAUUUAAGGAGACCAAUCUCUGGUGGGACAUAGAAUUCCUGGACUUGUAUAUUAAGGAGGGGAAGGUCCCACGUGGGCUAAGGAUGAAAAAAUUCCCCUCCUUUGCUCAACAACUACCAGAGUUCAUGGAGGAGUGGAACCACACUCUAACCAGAUGUUCCAUGACCCUACUACUGAGACAUAAAAGACAGGAAAGAGACCUAAUCCUGACAGAAAUCAAAGCUACAGAGACUCACAUCCAACCUUUUGAGGCCACUACCCAAUAUAAAGAUUACACAGCCCAACUAGAGGAAACCAUCAACAAAUUAGAUAUGGACUUAUCCAGCAGAAAAGUGUCUAAAUAUAAUCGUGACACUAAGGACUAUGAUCUUAACAUAGUUUACUCAUGGUAACAACUCAGGCCCACUAGGGGGAGGGGGAAUUCCAACACCUCUAAGAAUAGUAAUAAAAAACGUAGGGGCAACACAAAUGGGAAGAAAGUCACUUUUUCUAGUAUAGAAACCACUGACUCAGAAACAUCUCUCCCACAAUCCCCCAGCACUCCCACAGCCGAGCCUAGUGAACCCUCCACCUCUGCCAAUAUAGACACUAGUGUCCCUACUAGAACGACUCUGGCCACCCUUGUCAAAUCACCCAGCCAAACUAGUACCCUCAAAGCAUCUAGUCAGGCACAUCGGUACCCCAGCAGGGCGGCCUCGAAAAACAAAAAGAAAUAAACAAUGUGAUAAAUCUAUCAAAAAUUCAACUCACAUCUGCACAGAUUUCUAUACUAAAUAAAGGACUCACUUUUGCACCCAG